AUGUCGUUGGACCUGGAUUCUGUAGACUAUUCCUUUCAAGAUGGACAAUUGUAUGUCCAGAAAGAUGAUGACCUCGACAGCAUCUCUUCCCCGUACGAUGAGGAGGAAGUGGAACGAUUGGAACUAAUGCAUCUUAUUUUCACGACAACUUCGGAUGGGUAUCUGCAUCUUGCCCCUAUCAACCCAUAUCCGCAACGCAUAUUAGAUAUCGGCUGUGGAACGGGGACAUGGUGCAUUGAAAUGGCAGAUUCAUAUCAAAGCGCCGAGGUCAUUGGAGUCGAGCUCAGUCCUUCUCAACCGAUCCUUGUACCUCCAAAUUUGUCGUUUGAGAUUGAUGGGUUUGAGCAAGAGUGGACGUAUUCCCGCUCAUUUGAUCUUAUUCAUGCUCGCCUCCUGGCUGGCAGAAUCCUCGACUGGCAUCGGCUGAUGCGACGAUGUUUUGAGUAA